GUUUGCGACCCGCCAACAUCAUCCAGUAUCUCUUUGGACUCUGGUAUUCCAGUAUCCACCGUACAGUGAAGUACAGUUUGUAAGCGUAUCACAAUGAAGUCUCUGGUGUUGUUGGGUUUGACCACCCUACUGGUCUUGAGUUCAGCGGCCGAACAGAAGCAGCAGGCAGCGGCCGAAGAAGCGAAACCAGCGGAGCAAGGUGAAAAGCGCCAUGAUAAGCGUGGUCUGUUCGAGCAUGACUUUGGCGGACAUGACUUUGGUGGACAUCAUUUCGAGUCGUACGACCAUGGACACCAUCAUGUGGAUCUGCAUCCACACCACGAGAAGACGCUGACCGUCAUCAAGAAGGUCCCCGUCCCGUACCCAGUGGAGAAGCACAUCCCGGUGCCAGUGGAGAAACACAUCCCAGUCCCGGUGAAGGUUGGAGUGCCAAAGCCCUACCCAGUCUACAAGACCGUCCACUACCCAGUCAAGGAGAUCGUCAAGGUGCCAGUGCACGUCCCGGCUCCGUACCCAGUGGAGAAGAAGGUCCCAUACCCAGUCCAUGUGCCGUACGAUCGUCCCGUCCCGGUGAAGGUGUACGUGCCCGCUCCUUACCCAGUCGAGAAGAAGGUCCCAGUCCCGGUGAAGGUCCAUGUUCCGGCUCCUUACCCAGUGGAGAAGAAGAUCCAUGUCCCGGUGAAGGUUCCGGUCCAUGUUGAGAAGCCAUACCCGGUUGAGAAGGUCGUCCACUACCCAGUCCAUGUUCCAGUCGAUCGUCCAGUGCCGGUCCAUGUCGAGAAGCCAGUGCCAGUCCCAGUGGAGAAGCCAGUGCCGUACGAGGUCAUCAAGAAGGUCCCAUACCCAGUGCAUGUCCCGUACGAUCGUCCAGUGCCGGUGCAUGUCGAGAAGCCAGUGCCAGUCCCGGUGAAGGUCCCAGUCCCACAGCCCUACCCCGUGUACAAGCACAUCCCGUACCCGGUCGAGAAACACGUCCCAUACCCCGUGAAGGUCCCGGUCGAACGUCCCGUUCCAUACACCGUGGAGAAGCACGUCCCUUAUGAGGUCGAGAAACCAGUGCCGUACCCGGUCAAGGUUCCGGUCCAUGUCCCAGUGCACCAUCAUCACGAAGAGUACCACCACGAUCAUGUUGAGCUUGACCUGCACCACCACCAUCACUAGAGAUAAACGUAUUAGCAUUGUGAUAACCAUAGGAAUACCCUAUACCCUUCCUUCCUUACGACAUGAAAUCUUCUCCCUAACCCCCACAAAAACGACUCCCAUUACCUCCGGUAAUAAUGCCCGUUAUGUAAUAGCUAAGUGAAUCAUCGGAAUCUACACAAGUACCAACGCCACAUUGACACCACACCGUAACACAAAACGCGCACACAGACACGGUAGGUGCAUAACGACAUAAACCGAACAAUAAUUUAACUCACUCGAUGAGUGGUAUCGAUCGUCGAUUUCAGCUCGAUUGAUAAGCAUAAUGUUUAGUGGUAUAGCAAAACGCAACAAUCGCAUGCGCCAAACGCAAACAGCAUGCGGCAAAGAUAAGCCGGCCAGGAGAGAAAGCUUGAUGGAAACAUUUCAUAAUUUCUUCCCCAUCACAUAAAACUUUAGCUGCGAAACUGCAAAACCAGAGCAAAAACGCGGUCAAAACGAAACGAACCAACAAUCGAAACCACGACCGCUUGCUUUUGCUCCCAAAAAAUUGUUAGGAUUAUUGCCGGUUGAAGAGCGAAGAGAGUGUUGAACUAUGGUCGAAAAGACUUAACUAAUAUGAAACUUACGAUGAAAGCGGAAGAAACACAAAAGAAAAGUUGAACAACAACAAAAAAACAAGAAAAUAAAAUCAUUGUUGAAACCAAAUAA